AUGGCGGCGGCUUCAUUGGCUCUAUCAUCCCCAACUACCUCCGGCGAGCUCUCCUCCUCAACCCUACCCACCCCCGAGCUGGCCAAGAAAAUUUCCGACCACUUUGUGUCAAAUGAACCGAUUCUGGCUAGUCUUCAAGUUUCUAACCGGGAGGAGCUCUCUCGAUUACUCGACGAUCUCGUUUCGGAUUCCCUGAGUUGUCCAGGGACGGUGGUAGCCAGAGAUGAGACACGAAACGAGGUCAUCGGCGUCUGCCUGGCCAGUCGCCAUCAUCUAUUCGAUCAACAGUUGGAUCGUCUUUGCCGCUACUCCUUCACCGACAAGGGUCUAUCGAUUGCCGUCGAAUUUUUGAAAUAUGUUUUUAAUCGGGUCGACGUGGCUUAUCACCUGGAGGAGGCCGGCGUUUCAAAGCCCGUAUUCGUGGUGCUGGUCGGGGUGAAGCCCGAGUACCAAAAGGGUGGACUCGGAAAGAGGCUUCUCAGUGAGAGUCUCGACUCUGCGCGCAACUCGAGCGAUCGCUGCGAUUCGGCAUUCACCGUGUGCACGUCGGAGGGCGUGCAGCCGCUCUACCAUCAACAUUUUCGCCAAGUGAUCUCGCGGGUUAAGUACAGCGACUACCGCGGCGAGUUUCGUGACCCACCGAUCCGCCCGAAGGCUGCGAACUCUCUCCUCGUCCUUUUGGCCAAACUC